AUGCAGAAGGUUUCUGAGUACAGCGAGUCUUUGGUCAGAACGUAUUCUAUUUCACUUAUAGAGGUAGAAUUGGCUUUAACAAAUAAAGUGUCAGAUAUUCACAGCUACCACCCUGAAUUAGAGAAGAGAAUAGAAGAAUUAGGGGAGGUUAUGGCGCACAGGACGGAAAGUGAAAACAUAACCAUAGAGGCGUAUUUAGACGGGAUAUUUGAGAAAAAGCUAAUUCAAUUUGGAGAAAACCAAGUGAAGCAGGAGCUGGAGGAGUUUGAGAGUGAUUUAAAGGCGUAUUUUGUGAAGGAGGAGAAAAGGCUGCUGACUGCACCGAGGAGAGAGCAAUUAAAAGUACGAAAAGAUGAGCACACGUAUGUGAUAAUUGAAGGGUGCAAGUCAUUGAAGAGGGGAGACUCUAUUGGACAGAAUCUUUUUUCAUCUCCUAUGCUGUAUGACGCGUACUUAUUUGCAACCUCAGCGCAGACUCCGCACGAGUUUCUGGCGUAUAUCCAUUAUACACGGGCAAUCAGAGAGAGAACAGCACAGGCCGUUAAGCUCUUUACACGCAUGAAGUAUGGCAGUGGGAUGUACAAAAUAGAGAUGUAUGAGAAUCAAGCCAUGUAUGCAGAGCUGUACCAGUAUGUUAGAGCAGGGAUGUACGCAGAGGCUGCACAGUACGUAGAGCAAAACAAGAACUUCUUUUUAAUAAUCUCGCAUAACUUCUACUCUUCCAUUAUGUCGUGGAUGCAUGCCAUGGGAUUUAUUUCUGAGGAGAAGAAGCACGGAAUGGACUGGGAGGAAGUUCCCACGAGUGAGGAUGAUCCAUUUAAAUUAUUAUUUUAUCGGCUAUUCACGGGAAGCACUGAGUGUGUACAGUCGGUUAUUACAACAAUAGAGGACUUCUUGUGGUACCACAUUACUGUUAUAAAGACAAUUUCAGCAUGCCGUAUAAAAAAGCGUGCGAAUACGUAUUUGGAGAUAUUUAAAAUGCUAGAAGGUUCUGUUACAGCGCCUAAAUUGCUGCAGGCAUCUCUUAUGCUAGGGCAGUGGAAGGAAGCUAUGAUUAUUCUGCAGGACAGUGCGUUUAAUGCAGCAGAGAUGAUAUUUAUAUCGUAUGCUAUUAUGCAGAAGAUGCGAGAGGAGUUUCCCUUUGCGUAUCCCAUUAAAAGAGAAUUGGCAGACACAGAGGCAGCACAGUGCACGGAUAUAUUUAUCAAGGGAGUGCAGGGAGUCACUGCGUUCUUUGCAUCAGCAGAAGAGAAGCUGUGUGUGGUCAAUUUAGCAUCGCCUUUUAUUACUGCAGAGUGGCUAGAGGAUUUAGUUGCAGAGGUAUUCAUUGCUUCAGAAGAUUACACAGUUCUAGGGGAGGUCGAUGCAACUGGAAGAAGACAGGCUGCCACAAUACUCGAGUACAUCGAUGUAUCCAGGCAGGGCGUAGUGCAGAGAGUAGCAGAGUAUUAUAUACACAGUGGAGAUUUAUUGAAGGCCUUGAAGAUAUCUUAUGCAGGCAGUGAUGAAAGGGCACUGGACAUUCUUACUUCUAUUCUCGUGGACAAGAUAGAGGCAAAGGAGUACGAGCAGGAGGGUCUGGGCAGUAUUGUGGAGCACUUCAAUGAUGAACUGACUAACUUCCUAUGGGAUAUUCUUCUGAUCGGUGGAUCACAGGAAGGUGCAGUAAACCGCAUACGAAGAACAGGACUAGUUCCAGGAAACAAUGCAGCAGAUGUUCUUAGAAAGACACAGGAAAUAAAGAACCUAGCACCACGCAUUAAACGAGUAAUCCCCACCGCGCUAGUAAUUACAGCACAACGACUAGGAGCCAACUCUCGUAUUGAAAACCAAGACCUAGCAAAGGCACUCCUUCUACUUGCAGGUGCACUAGACAUGGAUAAAGAGGUCAUGCACGAGAUAGUCACCAGCAUAGCAGGACUGCUAUAAUAAAAUAAUAAACAG